UUCCAUCCAAAGUACCAUAUAGAUUUCCUUUCACUUUAUCACUACCUUGUUCACUAUAUCCACAACCCACCACUUCUAGCUGUCACAACACAACACAACAACACUCACAUACACAACACAACACAACCCCUUUAACUAGAGAUCAACGACUCCUCCAUGGAAGAAGAAAUGCAGAUACAACAACAAGAAGACCACGACCCUAACCCUAAUUACCGCAACCCUAACCCUCGUCAUCACCAGCAAUUCCGUUUCCCCGGCAAAGUCCCACCCCACCGCCACCACCAAGUUCACAACAUGGACAAAAGCAUCCCCUCUCGCUUCAAACCCAAUGCUCCCAAACGCGAACACUGCAUUUGCAUCACCGUCUUCCUCAUUCUACUCGGCGUCAUAAUCCUCGUCCUCUGGCUGGCCUACCACCCUUCCAAGCCGCGCUUCGCGGUGGCCAGCGCCGCCGUCUACGGCCUGAACGCCACCUCGCCGCCGCUGAUCUCCAUCGCCAUGCAGUUCAACGUCCUCAUAAGGAACCCUAACAGGCGCGUCUCCAUCUACUUCGACAGGCUCUCCGCCUACGUGUCCUACAGAAACCAACCCAUCACGCCGCGCGUGGUGCUCCCGCCGCUCUUCCUUGAGAAGCACGCCACCGUGUCUCUGGCGCCGGAGAUCGGCGGCGUCCCCGUGCCCGUGUCGCCGGAGCUCUCCAACGGGUUGGCGAUGGACGAGGCUUAUGGGGUGGUGGCUGUGAAGCUGGUGCUUGUUGGAAGGUUGAGAUGGAAAGCUGGUGACAUAAACUCUGCACACUAUGGCUUGUAUGUCAAGUGUGACGUUAUGAUGGGUUUGAAGAAAGGUUUUGUGGGUCAGGUUCCUCUUCUUGGAGCCCCCGUUUGUGACGUCGAUUCAUGAAGCUCCUAUAUACCUAUUCAUAUCGAUCUCAUAAAUAAAUACAAUGUGUGCAUUUUUAAUUCUAAGAAAAAGUUCAGAUGAGUUGGCUUUCUCAGCUCACCGAGAUUAAUUAGAGCAGGUUUCAAAGUUCAAAGAACGCUUACUACAAAAAUACUUACCGUUGAUUAUCUAAAACCUUCACAUUGGCACUGGCAAUGAACACAUUCAAGUGGGAUAUCAGCUCAUUCCUUAUUGAUGGAACCAACCUUUGGUUCAAUGUGUACACGUUGCAUGUAUCUUUAUCAUAUUAUUCAUAUUGCAUUUUGAUAUUUUUGUCAAAAACCAGAAGUUAUAUAUAGAAGUUGGAUUUUGCUA